CAGGAUCAGGGACUGUGUGAGAGCCGGAGCUGGCGGCAGCAGCAUGCGUGCGGCGUCUGAGGCUCAGGGCGCGAGAACCACGUAAGGUGCCCGCCGGAGCUUCCCCCCUCGCCUGCCUCUGCUUCCCCCAGCAGAAACUUCACGGCUCCCUUGCACACAGUCCGGGCUUCUCCGGGGGAGCUUGGCGCCGACAGCCGCAUGCAUGACACUCCGAAAAGGAGAGAAAAUGACCAUAAGUAUCCAGGAGCACAUGGCUAUUGACGUCUGCCCCGGCCCCAUCAAACCCAUCAAGCAAAUCUCCGACUACUUCCCCCGCUUUCCCCGCGGGCUCCCCGCCGCCGUCGGCCGCAGCACUGCCCUGCGCUCCGCCGUCAGCCAGCCCUCCGUCAGCCCCGCCGAGGCCCCCCGCGAGGAGGACGAGGAUGUGGACCAGCUUUUCGGGGCGUAUGGCACGACACCCGCGGAACAGCCGGCCAAGUGCCAAGCACCUGAGGAGGUGGUGGACCCCGAGGGCUACGAGUCCGACGACUGCACCACGCUGGGGACGCUGGAUUUCAGCUUGCUCUAUGAUCAAGAAAACAACGCUCUCCACUGCACAAUCAAUAAAGCCAAGGGCCUGAAGCCAAUGGACCAUAAUGGUUUGGCCGAUCCAUACGUCAAAUUGCACUUGCUUCCCGGAGCCAGUAAGGCGAAUAAGCUGAGAACCAAAACACUGCGCAACACACUAAACCCCACCUGGAACGAGACGCUCACCUACUACGGCAUCACCGACGAGGACAUGAUCCGCAAGACCCUACGGAUCUCAGUCUGUGAUGAGGACAAGUUCCGCCACAACGAGUUCAUUGGGGAGACGCGGAUCCCGCUGAAGAAACUGAAGCCCAACCAGACCAAAAACUUCAACAUCUGCCUGGAGAAGCAGCUGCCAAUAGAUAAAACAGAGGACAAGUCGCUGGAGGAGCGCGGCCGGAUCCUCAUCUCCCUCAAGUACAGCUCACAGAAGCAGGGGCUGCUGGUGGGCAUCAUCCGCUGCGCCCACCUGGCUGCCAUGGACGCCAACGGCUACUCCGACCCCUACGUCAAAACUUACUUGAAACCAGAUGAGGACAAGAAAUCAAAGCAUAAGACAGCGGUGAAGAAGAAGACGCUGAACCCUGAGUUCAAUGAGGAGUUUUGCUAUGAGAUAAAGCAUGGCGACCUGGCGAAAAAGACCUUGGAAGUCACAGUGUGGGACUACGAUAUCGGGAAAUCAAACGAUUUCAUAGGUGGAGUCGUGCUAGGAAUUAAUGCCAAAGGCGAGCGGCUGAAGCACUGGUUCGACUGCCUGAAAAACAAGGACAAGAAAAUCGAGCGCUGGCACACGCUAACAAACGAGCUUCCCGGGGCUGUCCUCAGCGACUGAGCGCCACGGGGCCGCUCCCGGGGCAGGCACAGCUCUGCCGGCCACGGCCUUUGGACUUCUCUCGUUUACGGCUUUGGAUACGGGGGGAUCGUGGUACCGGGGCAGCCGGGAGAGCGGGACACCCCACACCAGGGCCUGGCUGCAGGGAAACCCUUCCCAGGGAAGAAGGCAGCGGCGGUUUGCUCUGCUCAGCAGGUCCCGGCCCCUAAGGCUUUUCCAAAAUGCCUCUUUGCACCCUGACAGACUCACACGCCCACUCACGAGCAUGCACACGCGUGCUCACACACGCACGCACGUGUGCACACGCACACGGACACCACACGCCUGCAUGCACUGCAGUUCUGACUCCUCUCCUAACUCUUUGCUCUACUGAAUUACCUUCUCGCUGCCUUGCAAUUCAGUGGCAAAAAUGAAUGCAUCAGUCUCCGUUCGUGUAUCUAAUAUGAGCAAAAGGUGUCACUAAAAACUGGAACUAUUUUCUCAAGGCAAUUGUGCCAUAUUUCUGGUGGUUUGUCAGUCUCUGUGGUUUGGGCCUAAACAGUCUUUUAUGCAUUUAAUGCUCCGCCGUUGGAAUGAUUGUGUCCCCUGAUAAUCUAGGAAGACUGUUUGCUUUUCUUCCAGAAAUGUUGUGCUCAUCCUCUCCAAUAACCCAUGUGAAGUUACCCAGCAAGCUGAAAGCGCUGUGCAGACCACGGCUUCCCUCUUGCGGUCCCUGGGGUCGGGUGGCUUCACAUUUGCAGAAGUGGGGGGUGAAAUAAAAAGCUCAGCAAAGUCGCCGGCUGUUCCAUCUUCCUGGGACCGGCAGAGAAGUCUCGCUCUGCCCUUGCAGCAGCUGCUCUCCUAAUGAAACCUUGCCUUCCCGCCCAGAGCCAUGCAGCUGGGCUUCAGCACCGCUAUUUUUCCAGCAAAGCCAGCUUUCAGGCUAUCUUUUUCUAUCACUGUUCCCUUAUUUAUCAUUUUCCGAUUCAUGCCAUUACCUAAAACCCAACCAAGGCACUUUACGGUGCAAGCUGCUGGCGUGCAGCGAGCUGAGCCUCGGGGCCAAGCCGGCAUCAUGUUUGCAGAGAUGCCCAGCUCCAGCACAGCCACCAGGUUGGUCCAUUUCCUGCCUCAAAGAGCAUCUAAACCAAAUUUCUGUGUACGGCACAGCAAUAAUAGAAUAAUAUUACUAUACUAAUCCCAGCUCGCAUCCUCUGUGACCCUCCCUGGCUGAUCUCUGCUUCCUCCUCCCACGGGACGCUGACACGCUUUGUCGUGGUCACUCGAGAGCCGGCGCCCGGUGGGAUGAGCGAACUUUCUGCGAAACGCUGCACCUCGGCAGACACUUCUGAAGCCUUUAAACCAUGAUUUCUUAGGAAGAGCUGCUGUUUUCCCCAUCAGCCUCAAUUACCUACAGCUUCUGAGCCCUGUAGCUCUGUGUGUGUGUGUGUUGCUGACUUCUUUUAUUUUCUUUUUUUGGAAAGCAAUCGCAUCUCUGGAAACCUAUGUUUACUUUUCAAAGUGAUGACCUUGUUUGAUAUGGGGGAGGGGGGGGACACCAACGUUCAUAGGGGCUUUUUUAAUAACUUAAUAUUUGUAAUGCAUUCUCCAGAUAUGCAUGGAUUUUAUUCGAAUGCCGGCAGCGUGUCAAGUAGGAUGUUCCCAGUAAUCCUCUCUGUCUGUCACUGGUCCAGCACCUUAAAACCUGGUUUGGGUCUGAGCUUCCAGAAGAGCGAUGGGAGCGCCGCGUUGGCUGUGCCUCCCUUUCCUCGCAAAGUUACUUUCAAUCCACCGUUUGUUUCAGCACCUCUUGCCAUGAAACUGGUUUAUGCCUGAGGUGGAGUAGGACGUGGUGUGGUGUGUGUGUGUGGAUUCCUCCUCUUUGUAUCCCAGUCUUUUCUAAGCGGACGGUCCGUCUGUCCGUCCCAGCUGCAUGCAGAGUGGUGGUCGUCAUGCCAGGCCUCGUGAAAUGUUUGAUACUGAUGUUUUGCUACCAUGUGAAGGCUGCAGAAACUGUCCUUACCUGCAUCCUAAAAGACUUUUGUAUUUCAGUAUUAUCUAUCUGUGUACUUUUUGUCAGAUUUGUUAAUAUUUAUAAUGAGAACCCAAAAUAAAAAGGGGGAAAAAAAAAAAGUC